AUGCAAUCAAGCGGGAGAUUCAAUGAUAGAGCAGCCACCACCAGCAACAUCCACAAUAAUCGUCGCGACCAGAGUCAAAUUUCCAAAGCUAGCAGGCAACCCAGACUCUUUGCUAUGGGGAGAGAAGAAGCUAACGCAGCCCCAGAGGUUGUGACUGGUAUGGUUUAUAUUCAUAACCGUCCUGCUUUUGCCUUGAUAGAUCCUGGGUCUACGCAUUCCUUUGUAUCUACUGCUUUUGCUAGAACCUUAGGGAUGGUACCUGUACACCUCAAUCAGAAUAUGGGGGUGCGUACACCUGUGGGUGAUACGUUGAUAGUUAAUUCCAUAGUCAGAGAGUGCAUAGUGGAAGUCGCUGGGUAUGAACUGGAGGCAAGCCUUAUGUUACUUCCUUUUGAUGAAUUCGAUAUCAUCUUGGGAAUGGAUUGGCUAUCCAAGCACAGAGCGGUAGUGGAUUGUUUCAACAAGGAGGUUCGAUUUGACUUGGAAGGAAGAGGAAUGGCUGUUUUCAAGGGGAUACGUAGGGCCAUUCCAGGAAGUUUGAUAUCUGCAACCACAGCAUUCGCACUGAUUCAAGAUGGGUGUGAAGCUUAUUUGGCUCAUGUUACUACCACACCGGAAGUGAAGCUCGAAGAGGUGGACAUUGUCAAGGAGUUCCCGGAUGUGUUUCCAGAAGAUCUCCCCGGUUUACCCCCAAGGAGAGAGAUCGAGUUUGAUAUUGAAGUUGUACCGGGUACUGCACCAACUUCGAUACCACCAUACCGAAUGGCGCCAGUAGAACUGAAGGAGUUGAAGGAGCAAUUGCAAGAACUACUGGACAAAGGUUUCAUUCGCCCUAGUAUCUCUCCAUGGGGAGCCCCGGUGCUAUUUGUCAAGAAGAAAGAUGGCAGUAUGCGGAUGUGUAUCGACUACAGGAGGCUAAAUAAGGCAACGGUGAAGAACCGAUAUCCAUUACCCAGGAUAGACGACUUGUUUGAUCAACUUCAGGGUGCCUCUGUGUUCUCUAAGAUUGAUCUAAGGUUGGGGUACCACCAGUUGCGGGUGGCUGAAUCCUCUAUCCCAAAGACAGCCUUUCGUACUCGAUAUGGCCACUACGAAUUCUUGGUAAUGCCUUUUGGAUUGACCAAUGCACCGGCAGCAUUCAUGGCACUAAUGAACAACAUAUUCCAUGAGUACUUGGAUAAGUUUGUCAUUGUAUUCAUUGAUGACAUUCUAAUCUACUCGAAGAACUAUGAGGAGCAUAAAGAACACUUGAGGAUCACAUUAGAGAUGUUGAGGGAAAAGAAACUGUAUGCAAAGUUCUCCAAGUGUGAAUUCUGGUUAAAAGAAGUAUUAUUUCUGGGCCACGUGAUUUCUGGAAGAGGAGUUGAAGUAGACCCAAAGAAAAUUGAGGUAGUGGUAAAUUGGGCACCUCCGAAAAAUGUUCCAGAAUUGAGAAGUUUUCUUGGCAUGGCUGGAUACUAUAGAAGGUUUGUUGAGGGUUUCUCUCGCAUUGCUAGACCUCUGACCCAACUACUGCGCAAGGGAAUGACUUAUGUCUGGAGUAAGGAAUGCCAGGAAGCAUUUGAGGGGCUGAAGAGGAAGCUUACUACUGCACCAGUACUCACGCUACCAUCAAGCGAGGGAGAGUAUGCCAUUUAUAGUGAUGCAUCAUACAAGGGGUUGGGGUGUGUUCUUAUGCAAAAUAAGAAGGUGAUCGCUUAUGCCUCGAGGCAAUUACGACCACAUGAGGUAAACUACCCAACCCAUGAUCUGGAGUUAGCUGCAGUCGUGUUUGCUCUAAAACUAUGGAGACACUAUCUUUAUGGUGAGACUUUCAAGAUCUUCACGGAUCACAAGAGUUUGAAACAUCUCACGGAUCAAAAAGAGUUGAAUAUGAGACAAAGAAGAUGGGUGGAGUUGUUGGGUGAUUAUGACUGUACCAUUGAGUACCACCCUGGGAAAGCUAAUGUGGUGGCUGAUGCACUAAGCAGGAAGGACCAUGGCCCAAUAUCUGAGCUUGUGGCACUCAGGGCUGUGAAUGUGGAACUACAACUGGAGGACGCUACUAGCAUGAUGGCUAAUUUGAAGAUUAGACCACUAUUGCAUGAUCGAAUUAAGGAGAAGCAAAAGGAUGAUCCAGUUUUGGCCAAGUUUAUUCAAGAGGUACAAGAUGGGAAAGAUACUAAGUUUGAAAUCACAAAUGGGAUGUUACUCUUCCAGGGCAGAGCUUGUGUACCUAACAUAGAGAAUUUGAGGCAAGAGAUCCUGGAUGAAGCUCAUUGUGCACCUUAUGCCAUGCAUGUAGGAUCGACCAAGAUGUACCGGACUUUGCAGGAACAUUUUUGGUGGCCCAAUAUGAAGAGGGAGGCAGCUGAGUUUGUGCACAAGUGUAUGGUCUGUCAAAUGGUGAAAGCUGAGCACCAAGCUCCAGCAGGGAAACUAAAGCCACUUGAGAUACCGGAGUGGAAGUGGGAACACAUCACUAUGGAUUUUGUCUACGGGCUACCGAGGACGGAGUGGGGUAAUGAUGGAGUUUGGGUAAUUGUAGAUCGUCUCACUAAGUCAGCACACUUCAUCCCCAUAAAGUUCAAGCCGGGGGUGGAUGCAUUAGCAGACUUAUACAUACAAGAGGUGGUACGACUACAUGGAGUUCCUCUAACCAUAGUAUCAGACCGAGAUCCUAGUUUCACUGGCCAGUUUUGGAAGAGCCUUCACAAGGCUUUGGGCACCAAACUUCAUUUCUCAACUGCAUAUCAUCCGCAGACUGAUGGACAGACAGAGAGGACGAUACAAACGUUGGAGGAUUUAUUGAGGGCUUGUACAUUGCAGAUGAGGGGAUCGUGGGACAAGUAUCUCCCUCUGAUGGAGUUUGCUUAUAAUAAUCAAUACCACAGCUCCCUAAAGGCAGCACCAUAUGAGGCCUUGUACGGGAGAAAGUGUAGAUCUCCCCUAUAUUGGGAUGAGGAAGGAUUAAGGCAAAUUGAGGGCCCACAACUAGUACAAGAUACAGUCGACAAAGUUAAGAAAAUACGAGAAAACAUUAAAGUUGCUCAGGAUCGUCAAAAGAGCUAUGCAGACAAGCCAGGAGAGGAGAGGACUCAUGAAGUGGGCGAUAAGGUAUUCUUGAAGGUUUCUCCAUGGAAAGGGGUUAUGAGAUUUGGAAAGAAGGGCAAGUUGAGUCCAAGAUACAUUGGACCAUAUGAAGUAUUGGAGCGGGUAGGCCCUCUGGCGUAUAGGCUCGCACUACCUCCAAAUUUGUCCAAGAUCCACAAUGUAUUCCAUGUCAACAUGCUCAAGGGAUACCGAUCCGACCCAACCCACAUCGUGGAGUUAGAAGAUAUUCAACUGGAUAAUGACAUGACCUAUAAUGAGAUACCAGUUGGGAUCAUCGACCGCCAAGAUAAGGAGCUACGAAGGAAAAAGGUUCCAAUGGUGAAGGUGGUGUGGAGGAACCAAGGCAUAGAAGCAGCCACUUGGGAGAUCGAGGAGGACAUGAGGAAAAACUAUCCUGAGUUGUUUCUUGACAUACCUUUGUAA